AUGGUCUCUGAGAAGAGAAACGGUGCUAUGAUGUUUGGGGCUUCCGGUAUCGUGAGCCUCCCAAGUUGCACAUUCAUUGGCUUUUUCUCCAUACUCAAAAUUCUAGCCCAGCUGGGUUUUGAUGCUCUAGUGUCUUAUCUACCUUACCCAUCAACAGUCGCCUUCAGUCAAUUCAUAGGCAUAAGCAAGAGGCCUAUGGGCAGGAAAACGGCACGGUUAGAGGACGAUCCGAGACUGAAGAUACAUACCGGACUCGAUCUUACCGAUGCUGACUUGACGUUGCAGAGACCAAAGGCUACCCCAGAGGUUGUGGUGUUGCAUUCAUACGUUACUGCGUACACGGGCCAUGAAAGUGAUCUAGAAAACCCAGUCAAGAUCAACGCUGCGAUCAUCGACAACGGCCUGGCAGCCGUCAAGCAUCUAUGCCCGAACCUCGAAAUUGUUUCCCUACAGACGGGCGGAAAGGGGUACGGAAUUGUAGGAUUCGGCUGGCCUCCCGGACCGUGGAAGGAAGACCUAGCCCGCUUGCCAGAACCGUACGCGUCCAAGAUUUUCUAG